AAGUUGCAUCGCACCCAAAUUCACCAACAUAUUUUGGUUCUGUCGUUUUUUGAGGGGGACGAGCGGUUCUAAUGAUUCAUGUUAAGAUCCUGGAAAAUGGCGUUUGAAUUAUGCGGUGAAAUUCGGUGAAAUCUUCCGAUUUUAUAGGCUACUAGCGGACGCCCGCGACUUCGUCUACGUGGAAUCCAAACCACUUCAGUAGUCGCAGCGCAAAGUAGGAACAAACAUGCAAACACACUUACACACACAAAUAUUAGUGUGAUGCUCAUGAGAUUUGGGUAUUUUUGAAGCCUUAAAAAUUCAAAUUUUGCUGACACAACAGUUGUUCACUUAAUUAAUACCUAAUAUAUUUUUCGUUAUACAGGGUGUCCCGUAAUUAAUGUUUUAAUAACAAGACACCCUGUACAGACGGAUCAAAAUAACUUGCACACGUGAGUAAUGCACUAACGAAGUACUCGUAGGAGUACCGAACUACCGAUAAAAACGUCACGACAAUAACUGCAGAGCAAUAAAAAGUUUUACAGGUGCAAUCUUAAACACGUCACGAUUGAUAUUUUUUGCAAGAUUUUAAAAAGUUAGCAUGCCUAUGUUCACUUAUUAGUGUAAUUCGGCGCGUGCUACAAAGUGACUCUUCUAUCAAAUUCGCCAAAAACAUCUUUAGAGGUUUUUCUACUUUGUGAGACUUGUUAUUGUAGUUGAUAAUCAUAAAGGACUUAUGGAAUACCUAAGUAACUAGACCGCAGUUGGAGUUGAUUACACUUACACUAGAGUAAUCGUACCUAAAUGAAAUCAUCGUCUGGUGACGCGGAAUCUGGGACUGAAGUUAAAAAGAGAAUAAAUGUCUGUAUUUACUUAUUGAACUAUCUUUAACAGUAUCAGAUUAUGUUGAUGGUGUUGUUCAAUCUUUUCCUUUGUAACCAUUUUGUGACGGCGAAUCAAAGUUUUAAUUAUGAGAAAAUAAAUCGGUAUGGAUUGGGCAAGCCUAUAAUUUUCAAGUCCAACUUCGGUUAUGCAUACCCAGAAGAGCUUCGUACGAAAAAGCCGGCAUUGUAUGUCAGGUCACCCUACAGAAGUGUGUACCAGGGUGCCAGGCACAAGGGAGAUGAUAAGCGAGUCUACAACAAGAACUUCCUCUACCCACCCAAACCGAGCGGACACCAUUUGUACUGUCAAGGAGUUUUUGAAUGCAAGCUAUCACACAUGGCAGUGGAGACCAACGGGAGUAUCCCAAUAAUAUUCCGCGGAGGAGUAGGCUACAAGCACUUUACCGUUAUCAUCAGAGCCGAGCCUUUCAAGGAGUUGACGGGCCGAGUCAGGGCGUAUUGUAGGCAAACUGAGGCCAGCAAGGACGGGGACACCUUUAGGAAGAUCAGGAAAUACUUAUGACCCAGUAGUGUAAUACUGACAGGCAAUUAUACAAACUAGCGGAUGCCAUGCGGUUUCACCCGCGUAGCUCCCGUUUCCAGAAGAAUACGGGGAUAAAAUAUAGCCUUUGUUACGUGUUAAAUGUGUUAAAUGUAGCUUUGCAAUGGUGGAAGAUAUUUCAAAUCAAUUUAAUGGUAAUGGUGGCAUGGUUUAGGCGUGAAAGCUUAAAAACACACAGCGGAAGUUUUCAAAAGGAAUAGUUUUUCCUUUUUUUCCACAUUUCUCAUACUAUUAUAUUUCUUGAUAAACGGACUAUCCAACACAAAAAAUAAGUAAUCCAGGUCGUUAAAAAAGGUUAAAAAUGUUAAUAGCCCAACGAAAAUCAGUCAGGUUAAAAUUUAAAUUAAAAAGAAAAUAGAAAAUUUAGUGGUGGGUCAGCGUGUUAUGUUUUUUAUAUUUAAAAAAAAAAGAAUAGUUUAUUUAAGUUUAAGAUAGGAUUUUGUCUAACUCUAAGUAUUCAUGUCAUGUUGCAUUCAUUAAUAUUCAAUGAGUUUAAUGAUUAGGCAAUUAUAAUUUGUAAUUAAUUAUGUUUCACCGAUUAAAGUAAGGUUAAUAAACAUGCAGCACGGUCGCUG